CAUCCGAACCCCCUCGGCGAAAAAUUAUAGUGUAUUUUUAAAGUUAAAAUUAUUUUGUUAUGUAUAUAUAGUAGAUGUUGAACCCCCUGACUUCUUCGUAUAUUUACCUUUUAGAAUUUUUGAACCCCUGGAUGAAAAUCCUGGCUCCGCCACUGCUCACAAGCAUCAUCAAAACAUAAAGUAAUCCUUCAGUGUUGCCAGACUUAAUACAAGGAAACAUAUGAAGCUAAUCCGAUGAGGUAUUCUCGAGUAUAAUAGUCUUAUCUAAGAAGCCAGGAAAAGAAGAUACCAAAUGCUUUAAUUGAGACCAGAACUAUAUUGGUCCCAUCUCUGGGACUGGGUCAAUGGAGGUUAAAGGGAAAAGGAAGGGAUCAAAUUGAGCCAAAGCAACAUAAACACCACCUGGAAGAAGAUCCUAUAUAACAAGCUCUAAUACUCAUCAGUCAACAAGAGUAGCCAUUGCCUUUGGUCUAAAACUAAAUAUUUCAGCAUUGAACACUCUCCAUUCCCUAAUUUUUGCUCUUUUCAUCUUUCCCACUUUCAACAGUUACUCAGAAAAGGGUAGACUAGUGAGACCAAUAAGGACAUUUAGCCCAAAAAGAAACAAUGAAGAUUGCUUUCUUUCCUUGUUUCGUUAUCCUGUUAUGCGCUCUAGCAGUCACAAGCAGAGGUGUCCAUCUUGCUGGUACACCAGAAAGGAACAGUGAGAGUGCUGUUGCAGACAUUAGUGGCAGCAACAAUAAUUCUGAGGUAGCAAGCAAGGAUUUCAUAGCAGAUGUUGAGAAAAAUCAGAGAGGAAGGGGAGCAAAUGGGGGUGGAAGUAUUACUCGUCAGCCACGUACACUUGAUAAAAAUUCAGCUGUAACACUUAAGCGGCCUUCUAUAUCCGUGUCAACUACUUAUGUCAUUUCUAGCUUGCCUAUCCUCCUGGCUCUGCCCUUUGUCAUUCCCUAAGAUGUUCUAAAAUAUAGCUCAAGCAUUUUUCUUUCUUUUUUCAGCUAUCCUCAUUGCGGUUAUGACUUGUGACUUCGUGAGUGUGAUGUUAUGUUUGUUUUGGUAAAGUUGUAUGUCUAUCAGAACAGCUGUGUCGCAUAGCGUGCUAAGAGAGGUGAUGCAUCA